CACAGAGUGCAGUGUUUGUGUUACCUUGGAGAUAAGACGCUUCCUCUGGGACGCUAGCAAGAUACUGAGGCUCUUUAUUAGAUACGGUGUCUUGACCUGUUAUGGCUAAGUAACAUCUUUGCUGACAAAAGUAUCCAUCGAUUAAAAUACAACUAGUUACUACUUGCUCUCAGCUUCCCCAGACAUGCCUCUGAAAGUUGUGGUGGAGAUUCAGAUACAUGCUGUCACCUGUCCUGGGGUAUUCUUGCCAGAUAAAGAUGACAUUUUCCUUGGUGUUCGCCUUCUGGGUCAGUGCAAAGAGACACGGUGCCUUCCUGCUGUAUUCCCACUACUGUUUCAUGAAAAAAUGAGGUUUGAAAAGGUUUUUGAAAAGCAAGUAGAUCCAGCUGCAGUGGUUAAAAUUUUGGAAAAACACCCAGCUGGAUUUGAUCUGAUACAAAUCGGCCAGUCAGGAGAAGAGAUUUUAGCCACAUAUGAGCAGAACCAUCGAGACUUUCUAUUCCCUGAGCCAAAACUGACUCCUCCAUACCCAGGAGUGGAUAGGGAGGUCCUGAUGAAAACUCUCUGUGGCUUUAAAGGAAUUGCACCCAAAAUCGAGUUUUCUACAAGAACAACAAUAAAAGAAAAGCCAAAAGAAUUCAAGAAAAAAAGCUCAUCCAGCAAAAUACAGUGUCAGAGGUCUUUGCCAAAUUCUCCUAGAAGAAAAUCAAGAAUGCCAACAAAAAGUUUCUCCAGCCCAGAACAAAGUUACCGAAGUCCUACUAGAUCAUCAAAGUCUCGAUCUCCUUCACCUUAUGCACAAAGGCGAAUGUGUGAGCUUAAUAAGGACAAUCAACAACGCCUUGCUCAAUUGAAACUGGACGGUUAUGAGUUUAAGUCAGACACAGAUACAAAACCCCCAUUUAUUGUACGGCGUGUUGACCCAUCCAAGCCAGUGGGUGAGAAAGCUUCAUCUCAGCUGCAAUCUCCGAAGUCCAAGCGUCGUUCAAGUAGUGAAAAUCGUUUAAGGAGAGCAUUGACUUUUGAUGACCUGCAGUGCACAACAUCUGAAGAAAAGGACAAUCUGGAUUUAGACGACCUGCACAUCCCAAGAAAAGCGAACUCAUCUGUAGAUAACGGCACUCUGGGUUCUUCUCUCAGUUCCAGCACAUAUUCAUUGCAGGAUUUGGGGACAAGUCCAGUCCUCAAGGGAAGCCUUAGGGAAAGGUCUGUAACUGCAUGA